UUAUGGGAAUGUGCCCAAAUGUUUCCUGCGCCCGGGAACGCUCCCACCAGCGGAGCAGGGAGUGCAGGAGGACAAGGCGAUGCCCGGGGUGAGCCUGGGCUGAGGAGGGCCGGUGCAUCCUUUGCAUGUUCCUCUAUAGGGUGGGGCUUCCCACCUGUGCCUUCACCCACCCCACGCAGCACCCCCGCAUCAUCACCUGGGCAGCUUCAGCACGGGCCGGAGGGGCCGUGGCCGGGCUGGGACACCCAGGACGGGUCCCCAUGGGUGCCCCUCUUGCUUCAGAGCAGCCCCCGGCACCCCCCAUCGCAGUGCCAACACAGUAUUAUUUCCAGGACUGUUUCGGAGAGGGUGUCACGGCACGCAAGAGGAAGAAAAUCAUCUUCCCGGCUGCGUCCGAGCUCCGGCGGCCUCGAAAGGGAACGCGGCUGUGGCGAAUCGCGGCGGCGACUCCUCGGCCACCACCGCGGCUCGGCACCCGGGGCGAGAGAGGGGAUGCGGACCGCAAGGACAGGAAAAUCUCUGCGCCUUUUCCUCGCUCCUGGCAGCGAUCUGGGGAUGGGGCAGUCACAUCCCGCCGAUGUCUGUCCCACAUCCCUGCUGCAGCGUCAGCUCCAAUCCAGCUGUGGCCCGGCGCGGUGACCGCGCUGCGGCAGCGGCCGGGACAGGUGUCCAAGGGGAGGGUGUGGGGCAGUGCCAGGGCCCCGCUGCUCCCCCUGCCCCUCUCUGCUGCCCGCAGCUGCCAAACGCGCGGCCCGGCUGCGCCAGGGGAACUGGGGAAGUGGCUGUGGGAGAUGGCAGCUGGGGCUGGGCAGGACCGGCAUCUCAGCGCCCGGACACAGCUCCCCUGGUCCGCGGCCCGGCAGCGUCCCCGCGGGGCCGGACGAGCCCUGGAGCGGGCGAGGAGGAGGAGGAGGAGGAUGGGUGACAGGGAUGGGGCUGCCCGGCAGCCUGGUGACCCCGGCGUGGGGCUGAGGAGUCCUCCGGCAGCUCCUGCCCUUCACCAGCCCUAUUUCCCCCAAAACAAACAGAGCAGCAGCUCCAUCCUCUCCGUGUAACGACUCCAAGGCAGCGAUGUUUAAUUUUCCCCGGCGAAUGGUCCGGACAAGGAGGCAGCGCUGAGUGACGGCUCCCACAAAGGGCAGGGACCGUCUAAUCCCCGGGACCGCGGCACCUGCACCCCGGCCCGGCCGGGAUUAAAGGGGAGCAAGCCGGGCUCUGCAGAGAUCAGAGGCUUCAUUAGAGCGGCCUUGAAAUAGGAUUUCCUCAAGUGAUAAGGGGCAGGGUGGGAAAAUAAUCUGGGGGCUGCUGGUACCUGCUCCCACAUCACCCCCAGAGGUGCUCUUUUGGGUCACCUGCCUUGAAGGUGGUGUCCCUGACCUGGAGGGAGGUGGCAGGGCAGAUCUGGGCAUCCACUGUCCCAAAUUCUACAUCCCAGGCAUGGCUGGCUGCCCUCUGCCAUCUUCCUCCAUGCCCAGCACCCACUCAGGAGCUGCCCAGACACGGAUGGGGCUCACUGCCCUCCCACUGCCCUCGGCUCCGGGGCCACUGUCUCCUCCUGCCCCAGGAGCUGUGGCUCUUUCAACUCAUCUUCACACCACGUAACACCAAUUUCUGCUGAUUUCCACCAUUAAAAUUCUGGAAAGUUUCUUUUGUGUCUUUUCCAGCCUUAUGAGAGCAGAGAAACACCGCCUGCCAUGGGCACCCUGCACUGCUGCUACAGCAAAUCCAAUGGGAAAAAACCCCUCCAAACCAGCCAAAGGAAGGAUAAACAACUCCCAGCAUGGAAAAAACACCCACGUGCUGCUUGACAGGAUACACUGACACUGCAAGAUCCCAAUUCCUCACCCUGUGCCAAUCCUGUAAGCACCAAGAGCCCUGAAAAUCCCCCUGAGAGUGGGAGGAACCAGGUGGGUUUAGGGGAGAAGCAGCAGUGCAGGUGGGACCUUGUGAGCAUCCACAUCCCGUUGGAAAUCUCCGUGUUAAACACCAGGAGCUCUCGCUCUGACCACGCCGCCCAUUAC